AUGCUUAUGGGCGAAGGUUUUGAAUUGCGAAACUUCAGUUCCAACGAACCACCUAUCCUUACUGAUCUUUGUGGGUCAGAAGGAAAUUCAAUCAAACAUCUCGUUAACGAAUCGCAAAGUACGGAAACUUUGGGAAUUUAUUGGAACUCCACAUCAGACUGCUUCAUCUAUAACUCACAAUUGUCCCUUGAUUAUCCAAAUCCAGUCACGAAGAGGAACAUUUUGUCAACCAUUUCCCAAAUCUUUGACCCUCUAGGUCUCCUUGGUCCUGUCAUAGUUCAAGCAAAAAUUUUACUCCAGCAGCUAUGGCUAGCCAAUCUCAAUUGGGAUGAUCCUAUUUCAACUAAUCUUAACAAGGCUUGGAUUCACUUCUGUAAACAACUCCAAAGAGCCAACAUUUUGGAAAUCCCCCGUCAUGUCAUUCAAAGAGACCCUAUUAGUGUACAAAUACACGGAUUUUGUGAUGCAUCUAUUCAGGCAUAUGGCGCAUGCAUAUAUUUGAGAUCGCAAAAUAGCAACCUAUUAUGUGCGAAAUCACGCGUUGCCCCUCUCAAGACCAUUUUCUUUCCUAGACUAGUGUUGUCAGGUGCCUUACUAGUAUCAAAGCUGGUAAAUGAGGUGAUCCAGUCCAUGAACCUUAACUUUGAGUCAGUUUACCAUUGGACUGAUUCAACCAUUGUCUUAGCAUGGUUGAGUGCCGAACCUCGUACAUGGAAAACUUUUGUGAGCAAUAGAAUUUCUGAAAUCCAAGGUCUAUCUGACAACAACAACUGGAAUCAUGUACCUUCAAAGGAAAAUCCUGCUGAUAUUAUUACUAGAGGGAUCAAUCCUACCGAUCAUGAAGGUGCGAAUUUGUGGUGGCAUGGGCCACAUUUUCUAAAUAAAUCUUCAGAUAAUUGGCCACAAGAACGUCACAUCUCGAACUAUUCGCGUACAGCUUCAACACUUGACGAAUAUAAUCAAAACCACACUUUCAUGCUAAUGUCAGGUAAUAAUUUCAUUUCCGAAAGAUUCUCAAACUAUUCUGAGAUGAAACGUGUCAUAAUUUAUUGUUUGAGAUUCGCUGAAAAAUCAAGAGGAAAACAAGAUACUGAAAUGAACUCACUAAAAAUGAGUCCUUUUGAGUGGCAAAACACGAAAAAUUUGCUGCUCAAACUCGUUCAAGCCGAUGAUUUGAAAGAUUCAACAUCUACGAAAUCGUUCAAGUUUUCCAGUUGUCUGAAAUCUUUAAACCCCUUUUCAGACACUAAUGGCAUACUCCGAGUGAGAGGCAGAAUGGAACAUGCAAACGUUAGUCCCGAUACUAAGCAUCCUAUUCUCAUUCCAAAAAAACACCAAUUUACAGCGAUGCUAGUGCGGCAUGUUCAUGAAAUUAAUUUUCAUUUUGGCUGUCAGGCAACCCUUUCUUUUAUAAGAAGGAGGUUCUGGUCAUUAAAUGGUCGCGAUGCGGUACGUAAUAUCCUCCACCAAUGCAUACCAUGUUUCCGAGCCAACCCACCAAUACCUUCGAAUCAAAUGGGCAACCUUCCUGCUCCACGCGUAACCCCUUCUCGCGUUUUCUCCAAUUGUGGUCUCAACUAUGCUGCACCAUUUCGUCUGAAAGAUGGAAAAUAUAAAAACCGAAAAAUCCUAAAAUGUUACGUAUGCAUAUUCGUGUGUCUGUCUACAAAGGCGAUUCAUAUUGAACUCGUAAGUGAACUAACCACUGAAGCGUUUAUGGCAGCAUUCAAGCGGUUUGUAUCUAGACGAGGAAUGUGUACAAAUCUUUAUUCGGAUAAUGGAUCCAACUUCAUUGGAGCCAGAAAUAAAUUCAAGGAAAUAUAUAAAAUUCUAUCUAGUAAGCCAAUACAAAAUCAUUUUGAAAAUACUCAAAUGCAGUGGCAUUUUAUACCUGCUCGUUCAGCCCACUUUGAAGGGCUUUGGAAAGCCGCUGUGAAAUCGGUAAAGCAUCACCUCAAACGCAUUUUAUUCACCGAUCAUUAUACUUAUGAAGAGUUUAUGACUAUAUUAACGCAGAUAGAAGUUACUCUAAACUCGCGUCCUCUCGUUCCCUUAUCCUUUGACCCCAAUGACCUCGAGGCGAUCACUCCAGGACACUUCAUCAUCGGAGAACCAUUGAAUGCCGCUCCUCAACUCAGCGUCGAUGACACAAAGCUUCAUCACUUGAAUAGAUUUCAGCACUCACAAAAACUAGUACAAAGUUCUUGGACCAGAUGGAGAAAUGAUUACCUACAUAAUCUCCAUCAAAGUCCCGAGAGGCAAUUCAAGAAAGAAGUCAAAGAGCUGAUAGGCAGACUCGUACUCCUUCGUGAUGAACAUUCCUUACCUCAGCAGUGUGCCUUGGGAAGAAUAACCUCUGUGCAUCCCGAAACAGACAAUAUUGUUCGUGUUGUUAGUGUCCGUACCAAGAACGGAAUUGUGAAAAAAACAAUUUGCAAAAUAAGAAUCUUGCCAGUGAAUUAA